UAAACUAGCUUCUACCAUGCCUUCAGCUGCGUGAUUCUGAAUGAAUAAAACGCCCGAAGCCAACAGCAUUGGUGGCAAAUUUCGGUUGCCUCUCAUGAGUGUUGUUGUCCCUUUCGAAACACACCGAACAGUAAUUGUUCUAUAGGCACUACUCGAAUACAUAUAGUAGUAAGAGCACCCGAAUCUUGGGAAAUGUAGAGGCACCUGAUCAUCGACGGCCCCCGAGAAUGCUGCUUGAUCGCUUUUCACUAAAGGACGAUUAUGGCAGUGUUCGGCACAAACAGUAAUUAGUUUUACUAUAGUAAUAGCAAUGAUAUAAGCAAGAAAAAUGGUAUUACUACAGUAAAUACUACAGUAUUACUCCUAAAUGCCGAAUUGAAAUGAAAUAACUACAUGCCGAACACUAGAUUAUGCGAUGGGUGUCAAAAUGCACUUGCGGGUAGGGCUGAAUCGGACCAAUGAAACGCAGGAAUCAAAAUGUAUCAGCCUUCAGGGGGCUCAUCGCAUUUGAUUUGCGAGUGUACACCAGGCGCAGCAUCUCAGCUCUCCACUGGAUGCCCGCCUUAAUCAUCUUCGAAACAAAACACCAUUUCCGAUUUCUGCUGCGUGGACAAUGUCUCUCGCCUUCAACUACCCUCGCAAACCCGCCAAUUAACCGCCGUCGAACCUCCGCACGCGAGCCACGAAUCCGCCGCAUCGAGCGCAUUUAUUGACGCGUUGCGAAAAUGCAACUACCCACCACCCUCCUUUACGCCAUACUCACACUCAUUCCGCCCUCGCUGUCCCGAGACGAAGAUCCAAACGGAUCAUACAACGCAUCACUACUAUGGGGGCCCUACAGACCCAAUCUGUACAUGGGGAUCCGCCCUCGUGUGCCAGACAGUUUGUUCAUGGGGUUGAUGUGGGGAAAGCUCACGGCGAACGAACAAGAUCUUCGUCAUACCUGCGACGUUUCCGACGAUAUAACCCAUCAUGGGUGGGAUGUGUACGAUAGCCGGCGCGGCGGUAUCCAAUCGAUAUACGACAAAAGCAGCGACAUGAUGAUCAAGACCUCCUUCGUGAAAACAUCGGCGGGCCCGGGCGCCGGAAACUGGGCAUUGCGGAUUACCGGGAAUACCACUGGCUCGAAAUCAAAGGGACAAAAGACAAGGAUGAUAUUUUAUGUUGGCAAAGAAGAUGGCUGCAAAGAGUGUGUCCUCGAGGCUGCGGCUUCACAACAAGGACAAGAUGGAUAUGUGGAAACGGUCAAUAUUCACUCCGAACAUCCUGAGUUGGGCACCGCUGAGAUACGGAUACCGAGGCCUUUCGAUGUGGAUGGGAGCGCUAAACCCGGCUAUACCGCAGUGAAGAGUCUACAAGUUCCAAAGGAGAAGUCCAUUUGGGAGGCGAAAUCUCUCUUUUUGGAGGCUUUAUCGUCGGAUGGCAAUAAUCUUGCCAAUGAUCCAGGUUCGGGUAACAUGCAUUUCGUGCAAUUGAUCUUUCAGGAUAACUUUGAAUUCGAUAUAUUGUAUUCAUCGCAGUCGGCAACUGUAGCCAUGUCGUCGAACGAUGCCACGAAAGAAUUAAACAAGACAAUAGAGUCAUUCGACGCAAAGUUUGCUUCCGUGUAUAUCCCUAAGCCGCCUUUCGGCACAGAAGCAUACGCCACCUUUGGUAAAACUCUAUUAUCCAACUUGCAAGGUGGCUUAAGCUAUUUCCACGGCGACGCAAAGUACGAUCUGUCAAAAAACCAUGCGUUCGACGAGGCGAUGCCGAAAUUCUGGGAAAAGACCGCCGCAGCUCGCAAAGACUCGAAACCAGAGACCAAAGGACCUUACGAGUUGUUCAGCCAUGUGCCUUCGCGAUACAGCUUUCCACGCGGAUUUCUCUGGGAUGAGGGAUUUCACCUACUCCCGAUUCUAGACUGGGAUGCAGAUAUAGCGCUGGAGGUGGUGCGGAGCUGGUUUUCGUCCGUAGACGAAAAUGGAUGGAUACCUAGGGAGCAAAUCCUCGGCGAAGAAGCCAGAUCAAACGUCCCAGAGAGCUUCGUUGUGCAGUACCCGAAUAUUGCAAACCCACCGACGCUUUUCUGGAUCGUCUCGAAAGCCGUCGAUAUUCUGCAAGGCACAGCGGAGUAUGUCGGCCAAAAAUCUCAUUACUUGGGUUCGAAAGAGGAGGGGAAAGAACUCAUCACGGAACUGUACCCUAAACUGAAAAAGCACUACGAAUGGUGGCGGAGAUCACAAGAAGGCGACGUAGAAGCGCACGGUCAAACCCGCGCCAAUGUCGACGAGGGCUACCGAUGGCGAGGACGAACACCCGAAACCAACUUCGCCAGCGGCCUCGACGACUACCCGCGCCCCGAACCCCCCAGCAUCACAGAACUCCACGUCGACGCCCUCUCCUGGGUUGGCGUCAUGGCCGAAACCAUGGCCAAACUAGCCCGCUACACCAACAACGAAGCCGAUAUCGUAACCUUCCAAGCCCAACACCGCAACAUUCGUGCCAACCUCGAAACCCUUCACUGGUCCGAACCAGACAAAAUGUACUGCGACGCCUUCGUCUCGCCCUCGGACAACCACCGUUCAUUCUUCUGCCCCAAAGGCUAUGUCUCCCUCUUUCCUUUCCUCACCGGCGCCCUAGGUCCCGAACACCCCCACCUCAACGCAACCCUCGACCUGAUCCGCGACCCAAAACACCUUUGGUCCGAUCACGGCGUGCGCAGCCUCUCUCCCGAUUCCCCAGCCUACGGCACAGCGGGGAAUUACUGGCGCAGCCCUAUCUGGAUCAACAUCAACUACCUCAUCAUAGAACGCCUACUUGACCUCGCAUCCCGCGAAGGUCCCCUUCAAGACCGCUGCCGCGAAAUCUAUAUCGAGCUUCGUGCAAACGUCGUCUCCACCGUCUACACCUCCUGGACCUCGACCCACACUGUGUGGGAACAGUACGAUCCGCUCACCGGUAAAGGCCAGCGCACGCCUGGCUUUACGGGCUGGACUUCGCUUGUCGUGAAAAUCAUGGCGUUUCCUGAUCUCGAUACAAAAUCUGGGUUUGGCAUGGGCUUUGGGAAGGGAUUUGCGGGACAUUUUGGUGCAGCGGAUGUGAAGGGGAAAAUUGGCUGGGCGAUUAAGGAAGCGGAGGAGCAGGGGACAUGGGGGGCUGGCGGGUUGCUGGUUGUUGUUGGGGCUAUGGUGUUUUUGGUGGUGAUGAGGAGGAGGGUUGUUGGGAGUUUGAGGAGGAUGAAGAGGUCGAUAUGA